CUUCAACCUUUUGCUCAAUUCUCGUCAAGGCUAUUAUAUAAACAAGCGGGAAAGCAACUAUUUUUUUUUUUCUUUCACGUUCACGGAGCGGGCUUUAUCCUCAUCAUAAUUUUUUUUUACUCAACGCUCAGCACACCCAAGAUCUCAAACAUAUACUAUAUACCUUACAGAAGAAAAAAAAGAUGUCAUACACUACUAGACAAGAAGAAGAUGGCAAGGACGUGAUCAUUUUCAUGGAACCUUCUCCAGCCACAACACCUGAUAAGAGCGACUCAUCAUCAUCAAAUUCUAAGGACCAAUCCGCAGCAUUUAAUCCAGAGACUGGAGAGAUCAACUGGGAUUGUCCAUGCUUGGGUGGCAUGGCUCAGCCACCUUGUGGUGAUACAUUCAAAGAAGCCUUUUCUUGCUUUGUGUUCUCGACAGCAGAGCCCAAGGGUGUAGACUGUGUAGAAAAAUUCCAGGCGAUGCAGAAUUGUUUCAGAGAACACCCUGAGGUCUAUGCAGAUCAGCUGGAUGAUGAUGAUGAGGAGGAGGAGGAGGAAAGCAAAAAGGAUAAUAAGGAAGAUAAGGAGGAAAAGGAGGAGCACAUCAAGAAGGACGAAUAAAGAAGACGAAAGAAGGGAUAAAAAUAAAGAACAAAAAACAAGUUAGAAGGAUUUUUAUAUAUUUACCGCAUUAGAAAGCAUAUUCAUGUACUUGUCGACAGCAUUAAACGACUAUCAUUGCUGGACCAAUAAAGAAGAAGA